GAUAUUCUGUAAUGUUACGGUGAAUCAACCAUGUGUCACUAGGAAUUACUUGUGUUAGACCAUAUGGAUUAUUUUGUUCAUACGUCCAUCUCUCUCCAAUUUCGGCAAAUACUAGUUAUCUGAAAAAAAGAAAAAAGAAGUAACGUUUCACGCAAUAAUUGCUGCGAAAUGUCUGGAAGAAUUUGUCUUCCUUGGCGGAUGAACUACUCUGGAGAUCCAUGUAUUUCCCUCAGAUGAAUCUAUGUGAAAGCCCAUACUAGUAGCCUGUUUAUUUGCUUAUUACCGUGUAUUGUCUAAGGUAAAAACUAUAGAAAAGUGCCUAGUGUUCACCAGGGAGGGCCUUUGCUGCAAAGUGCAAUUAAGGCGUGGGAUUAGUUUAAAAAAGGUGCAUAUGAAGAGAGAAAAAAAAUGUGAUACAACAACAACUAUGCCUCAGACCCAAACAAGUUGGGUCGGCUAUAUGGAUCCUUGCUUUCAUCUGUGAUAUCUUCUAACCGUUGAAUAUUGCUUUACUGGCUGUAUUUAUUGUUUAUGAUGCCCUUUGCGUUGUGGGUGUUGAGGCGCAUGUAGUAGCACCUUGAUGCCUGCACUAAAGCCCCUCUUAUUUUCUGUGAUUUCCCCAAAUUAUGCAACAGGAAUGCUUCUACUGCUGCUACUCUGUAUAAUGCAGGUUGGGAGAAUGCUAUUGGGUGGCAUGAAGGUGGUUGGCAUCUACGUGUGGACCAAUGAGAGCUCAUUCAAAAAUUCAACCAUCAUGCUUUGUCAGGCUGCAAAAGCAGUUGCUGAAGCGGCCCCUUUGUUGGAAGUGGAUUGGGAUGAAAGAUUGCUUGUACACAUUGGUUACAGUCCCUUGAGGUGGACGUGUCGAAAUUGCUCGCUGGCUUCAAAUAUUACAUCAGGCAGUCUACGACCUUGUGAUUUAAAAAUGGGAAAAAUUCUGGGUACCCGUCAGGCAUUCAGAUGCACAUAUGACUUUGAUUUGAGGUUGCCCAUAUGCCGGGGUUCAAGCAGCAAAAAAUUGGCUGACAUUCUUCAUCAUGGAAUCUCAAUUCAUGGAAAAGAGCUUAAAGGUGCCAAGGCAUUGAUUAAUGGGAAAUUGGCAAAUGAGGAUGAACAAUUUGAUUUAGGUGGUGUACAUGAUGUUGAAUUCCUCCUACCUUUCACGGAAGAUAAGUAUUUGGAAGUAUGCAGCCAGAAAGAGGUUAUAGGUCUUCUAGUCUUUAGCGGCUCUGUCUGCUCCUAUGCUUACUCGAAUUCGAAGGAACCAGCUUCUCAAGCUUUGGCUGACAUAAAGGAAGACAUAAUUAAGAGUCUAAGAAGCAGGUUAGAUAUCAUGUGUGAUGAUGCAGACAGAAAAUCAGAUUCUAAAGAUGACAGAACUGAAGAGAGCAGCAACCAGAUAUUAAGUGGGAGUCCAGUUCUGCAACUUGAUUUACAGUUACAGAGAAAAGAUUGCAGUCUGUCAUUUCCUCGAAGAGUAUUUUUACCCUGGCUGGCUGAUACAUUCCUUUGUGACUAUAUACAAGCAUCUGAAUCAGUUGAGGUUCUUGAGGAUCAUUUUGCAGAGCUCAUGUCUAUAGAGUUUCCAAAUAUUUCUUCCAAAAUCUUGGAGCCUGAAGCUGAAGCUCCUGCAUUGGUAUCUACCACAACAAAAUCGUUUCAUGAGGUGUCAACUCCAUAUUCUCUGCUACCUAAGUCGGACGACUCACUCUCAAAGCAAAAUAGAGGUGCUACAAGCUUGGGAAGUGACCGGAUAUCGAUAAGAUCAGCUGGUUUUAAUUUCAUGAUACCUGUUUUAGUUCUUGCUGUAUCAAUUGUAGUAGGGGUUGUGGUAUUUGUUGUCAGGUCAUCCUAGGGAACACGGAUGGUGCGUGCAAAAAUUAUGUCCAGAACAAAUCUCAUGGUACUGUCUCAUGAAUCAUGUACUAAGGAUAUCAUUUACAAGUCUACACUGAUUCAGAAUAUUUUUUGGUGAUAAAUUCUACAUUGAUUCAGAAGUUAA